UUUCGGGGACGCGCACGCGCCGGAGGGCGCUGCUAUGGAGGGCGCUUCGACCGCCCGCCAGGUAAUAAAUGAAGGGGAUUCAAGACUUGCCACUGAGUUACAAGAAGAGGCUGAAAAUCCUAACCCUACUGUGGAUGAGAAUAAUACAGUAUCAGCUAAAAAACAGGGACCGAAUUCACAUAACUGGAGUGGUGACUGGAGCUUUUGGACUUCAAGUUCCACCUAUAAAGACAGGAAUGAGGAAUACAAAAAGCAGUUCACAUACCUUCCUGAUACAGAGAAGCUGAUAGCAGAUUAUGCUUGUGCCCUUCAGAAGGAUAUUUUGCUUCAGGGACGACUGUACCUUUCAGAAAACUGGCUGUGUUUCUAUAGCAACAUCUUCAGAUGGGGAACUACAAUUUCAAUUGCUUUAAAGAACAUAACCUUUAUAACCAAGGAGAAAACUGCUCGACUCAUUCCAAAUGCUAUCCAGAUCAUCACAGAGGGUGAAAAGUUUUUCUUUACAUCUUUUGGUGCCAGGGAUAGAAGCUACCUCAGUAUAUUUAGGUUGUGGCAGAACGUAUUAUUAGGUAAGAGCCUGACCAGACAGGAAUUUUGGCAACUUCUCCAGCAGAACUAUGGCACCAAGCUGGCCUUAAAUGCUGAAGAAAUGGAAAACUUGUUGUCAGUUGAAGAAAAUGUGCAGCCAAGAAGUCCAGGAAGAAGCAGUGUGGAAGACUCUGGGGAAAGAGAUGAAAAAUCACCCAAGCCCAUCACUUUCACACGUGAAUCAAUUAGCCGAGUUUCAGAAACAGAGUUGCUGGAUGGAAAUUCAUCAAAAGGAGGAUUAGGCAAAGAGGACCUCCAAAAUGAGAAACAUGUGAAGAAAACUCCUUCACUCACUUCAGAAAAGAGAUUGAGUAGACUGCCCUCAAAGUCGCUGGACUUGAACAAAAAUGAUUAUCUUUCUCUGGACAAAAGCAGCACUUCAGAUUCUGUUGAUGAAGAAAAUAUUCCGGAGAAGGAUCUUCAAGGAAGACUUUAUAUCAACCGUGUUUUUCAUAUCAGCGCAGAGAGAAUGUUUGAAUUACUCUUCACUAGUUCACGCUUUAUGCAGAGAUUUGCUGAUUCUAGAAAUAUAAUAGAUGUCGUGUCUACCCCUUGGACAGUAGAAUCUGGAGGUGAUCAGCUGAGGACUGUGACCUAUACGAUAGUACUUAAUAAUCCACUGACUGGAAAAUGCACUGCUGCCACUGAAAAGCAGAUACUGUAUAAAGAAAGCCAGGAAGCACAAUUUUAUUUAGUAGAUUCAGAAGUACUGACACAUGAUGUCCCCUACCACAACUACUUCUAUACCUUGAACAGAUACUGUAUUAUCCGAUCUACAAAACAGAAAUGCAGGCUAAGAGUGUCCACGGAUUUGAAAUACAGAAAACAACCAUGGGGCCUUAUCAAAUCUUUAAUUGAGAAGAAUACCUGGAGUUCAUUGGAGAACUAUUUCAAACAGCUUGAAUCAGAUUUGUUAAUGGAAGAAUCUGUGUUAAAUCACUCCAUUGACGACCCUGGAAAAGUUAGUGGCCUACGAAGGAGAAGGCGGACAUUGAACCGAACAGCAGAAGCAGUUCCCAAGCUUUCUUCUCAGUGUUCUUCUGGAGAUACGGGCUUAGAGGCCAAAGGGGAAAGUACAGGAAAGAGAAAGGCUAUGGAAAGCUGUGAUGCUGCUCUUAUCGUGGUGAUGAGUGUUUUCUUGCUGCUGUUAGUGUUGCUGAACGUCACGUUAUUUCUGAAGUUGUCCAAGAUAGAAUAUGCUGCUCAGUCCUUUUACCAUCUUCAUCUCCAAGAAGAGAAAGCUUUAAAUUUAGCUUCUGAUACAGUCUCAAGAGCAGAAAAUAUGCAAAAGGACACAGAUCAGGCCCAUCGUUUAAAAGGAGUUCUUCGAGAAUCCAUAGUGAUGCUGGAACAGCUGAAGAGUUCACUCAUUAUGCUUCAGAAAACCUUUGAUCUACUAAAUAAGAACAAGACUGGUGUGGCUGUGGAGAGCUAGAGAUCUCAGCACUGAGCCUGGAGACACUUGGAGCUCAAAGAAAACAUUUGGAAGAAAACCUGAGCGAGGAUGAAGGAUUUUAAUCAUCACAGGAACAUUUCUACUUUUUAAUUAUUAUUAUUGUUUUGGAAUUUCUACUAGGAACAUUCUUUUUAAUAACAUUUAUUUGAUAAUUAUUCUCCAAUGGCCUUAAGACUCUAUCUUUUCAGUUCCUAGAGCUAUUUUUAAGCUGUGAAUUUCUUCGGUGAACCAUGAAAUAUAUUUUUUGAAGUGAAAUUCUAUAAUACAGAAGGAAAAGGUGCACUCUGAAUGAUGUAGCUUCUUUUUGAUGGUGAGGCUUGAAGUUUGAUACUUUAAAUUUAUCUGUUGGUACACAAUCAGUGUGCCAGGUGGAUUGUGUUCACAGUUGAGUUUAAGAGCCUAAAAAAGUUAAAAUAAGCAGACUCCUUGAAAUAAUUUCUAAUUUAAAAGAAAAUUUUGAGGGGUAUGUAAUAUUUCCAUGUUUGUGUCUUGUAAAUAUUACAGUGUCAUCAUUGUCUGAGCAUGCAAGUUCAAUGGUCAAACCUUUUGAAUCUGCGUGUUAUUAUUAUUAUUAUUAUCUGAGAGAUUUAUCAGCCAUGCUGUAUCUUUGUGAGGAAAGGAAAUAUAUAUAUAUAAUUGUGUGUGUGUCUAUAUAUAAAAUACAUAUAUAUAAUUAAGGUACCAGAGGUGAGAUUAUCUUUCUUCAUACAUCAAAAGACAGUACAUUAAUUUGGAAAAGGAAACAGCUAGGAUACCAAUGCUCAAAAUGAACUGUUUCCUGAGUUUUAGAAACUAGACAAUUAUGCUAAAAUCUGGGCAUUUUGUAACAGAUCAAAUGUGUACUUGAACGACACUUAGAUUCAGCUUAGCAGGCAUUCACAGUGCAAGUGAGCCAUCUGGUUGAAGAUAGUUUUUGUGUUCAGUAGCUGCUACAUCUCGCUUCAUUCUUUACCUGUGUGGCUUGUUUUAGUUGGUCAAUUAUAAGCAAGACACAAACUUCAGCUCUACAGUAAAGACUCUGGGAUACAACCACACUGACGUUAAAUUGUGAGACACAAGCUUGGGCUCUUUCAUAAAAACGUUUUAGGCAUUUGUCUCAGUACAAGUAACCACUUGAAAACAAGGACUGACCUAACUUGAAAUCAGACCUUUUUGGGGGUUUAGGAAAAGUUCAGGAAGUGUUUAUUGUUUUGUUCUCUAGAGGUCUUUUUCUGAAACACACACACACACACACACACACACACACACACACACACCUACCUUUAGCGAAAUGUAUCCUUUUUCCCAGUGUCACCAAAGUCAAACGGCAUUGCUACCAUCAUUUUUAAAAAGUCUGCAUGUAAUGAAAAUACUAAUUUAGAGGGAAAAUGGGUUUCUCUGGGUGAAUCUCAACUAAUCUAUCUGGGGGUCUACAGUGCAAUAACUCCUGCUUCUUUGUUUUGGGUCAGAAUAUAUGGAAUGUCUGGCUGUAAGCAAGAGUGACUGGAUUAUAAACUUGAAACUGCUAAACUCGGAAAAAUGUUAACUGUCAGUGACUAUUUUUGUGAUUUCUCUCAAACUGUGCUGUAUAAUACACCUCAAAGAGAACCAAUAUGGCCUCAUUGGUUCAUAGGUUAAAGACUACGUAGGCAGAACCAAUAAAAAAAUCAAACCUGUUACGUAAACUGAAUUUAAUAAAACCUAAAAUGUCUAAGUUGUAA